AUGGAUGACGAAGUUCGCAUCGCUGGGUACUCUGGAUAUUUGGACGGGACGAUUGAAAUCUGUAAUUGGCUAAAAUUCAUUAGAUCCACGAACGACUGUAGUAGACAAAACGUCCGAGCGUUCUUGUUGGCCGGACAGAUAUUUUACGAAUUGACACAAACAGUCAAAGCUUCAGAAGAACUAUUGUUGGGCAAGAGAGAGCCGCUUAAUUUAGACGCGGCAUUUGGAGAAUUAAUGACCACGUCUGCAGAGGAUCGGAGUGAAAGAGAUUCGGUCGUCGCGUCACAGAACUCACUGGGAUCGAUCGACGGCGACGGAGACGUGGACGUGGACGCCGAGGAGCCGGACGAAGACGACCAAAAUCGGUGCAUCUUGUGCGAGAAGUGUUUUCCCGACAUCGAACAGCUCGAUGAUCACCUGGUGUCUGGACACCACUACAAGGCCAGUCAGUACGGGUGUGAGCUGUGCCCACAGUCUUACAGCUGGAAGCCGUGCCUGAUCCGGCACCUAGCUUUGGCCCACAGCCGAAAGUUCACGUGCGAGACCUGUUCCAAGGUGUUCAGCGACCCGAGCAACCUGCAGAGGCACAUCCGGACCAAUCACGCGGGUGCCCGGUCUCACGCCUGUUCCGAGUGCGGCAAAACGUUCGCCACGUCCAGCGGGCUCAAGCAGCACACGCACAUACACUCCAGCGUCAAGCCGUUCCAGUGCGAAGUCUGUUUCAAGGCGUACACUCAGUUCUCAAACCUCUGCCGGCAUAAGAGGAUGCACGCCGACUGCCGCAUGCAAGUAAAGUGUGACCGGUGUGACCAGUCGUUCAGCACGGGCACGUCGCUGUCCAAACACAAGCGGUUCUGCGAGUCGAACCCGUCGCCGUCGCCAUCGUCGCUCGCGACGUCUGGCAUGGCUACCGGUGGCGGAGUGUCAUCGUUACAGCAACAACCCGGGGCCGCGGCCACCGCCGGGUCUUCGCCGUUCGCCGUCUACCCGCGGUUCCCGCUGUACCCGCCGCACCCGCUCGUCCACCCGUUCUACUUCCCGCUGGCAAACGGAUCCCUGCCACCGCCGCUGUUCCCAUCGCCGUUCGGUCAGUUUGCGCCCAAGCUGAACAUGGACAUGCUGUCGCUGUCCAGUGCCGUUGAGAUGUGCAACAACCGUUUCAAGAGGUCUGCAGGCGAAUCCGAACACAACGAAACGCCCGCUAAGCGGUCAUCGUCGUCGUCGUCGUUCAACGCCGGCCAGAAGACUCCGCCGCCGCAGCCGCCGACAUCGUCCGGCGUGGCUAUGCUGAUGGGUUCGAGCAAGACGUCGCCGCUAGUCGGCGAAGAGGCGUCAUCCAACCAGCGACCAUCGCCGGCCCGCCCCAGCGCCACGUACCCUGACCCCAAGGUGCACGUCAAGCGGCAGCCGUCCGGGGACGAGGACUGCGGACCGUGUGACCUGUCCGUUAACACUGACAUUCUGUGCAACGGUGGUGGUUCAGCGGACGAGUUGACAACGGACGACAGUGCUGGCGGACGUCGGUCGUCAGACGAUGAUGGUUCGCCGUGCCGAUCAGCGGACCAGCCGCUGGACCUGUCGGUAACGAAAGUGCAGCGCCGGCGAAAAAAGUCUCCGACGGCCGUCCGCGCACGACCGCUGGACGACAUCUCGCGCGCCGAAAAUGCCGCUGUGCGACCAGAGCAGCGCGGCCCUAAGUGGUCGUCGCCGUCUUUGACACCGCCUCCACCCCCACCACCACCACCGCCGCCGCCUCAGAGACCGUCGUCAUCGUCGCCGUACUCGGUCAGCAACCUGAUGGCCUACCCCAAACCGCUGUACUUGGACUCGAUGUAUCCAGCUACGUUGUCCGGGUUCGCAGAGAGCCAACUGCAGCACAUGCAGGGGCAUCAGCCUUUCGGGCCGUCUGCCACCAGGGCGUUUCCGUUCAUGUCCAACUCGUCUCCGGCCAUCGAACACUUUCUCCGGCAGCCGAUGCCCAACUACUCGAAAUCGUACCAAGACAUCAUCCAGCAGCAUCAGAACCAUCACGGACAGCACCAGAACCAGCACGGACAGCAUCAGAACCAGCACCAACAGCAGCAGCAGCACCAACAGCAGCAGCAGCACGUCAAGUCCAAGGACAGGUACGCUUGUAAGUACUGCGGCAAGGUGUUCCCGCGUAGCGCCAACCUGACCAGGCACGUGCGAACGCACACGGGCGAACAGCCGUACCGGUGCGCGCACUGCGAACGGUCGUUCAGCAUAUCGUCCAACCUACAGCGGCACGUGCGCAACAUCCACCGGCAGGAGCGCAAUUUCAAGUGCAAUCUGUGCAACCGGCGGUUCUCGCAGCAAACCAAUCUGGACCGGCACGUCAAGAAGCACGAGGCGGAUGACGGUACGGCCGUCGGCACCGUUACCAGCAGUUCGGCGAGCAGCGUGGACGAGAAGGAGGACCCCAGGCUGUUCGAGAUCCGGAGCUUCAUGAAGAAGGUGAGUGAUCACGGGUCUGCGGCCGCAGCCGCCGCCGCUGCCGCUGCCGAGAUGCAGAACAACAACAUGGUGGUGGACCCUUGCGGUCUGCAACAACCCGACGACGGUCUUCAGUACGCGGCCCACUUAUGA